UUAGGUUGAUUUGAAUUGGGUUAGGUUGAUUUGAUCUUUGCCUAGGUUUUUUUGGGUUAGGUUCCAUUUCAAAUUUCACUGAUGCAUCUGCAUAAUUAAACUUAGCUUUUUUCACAUGCAUGUGCGAAACAUAGCUUUGGAAGAUGAGAUUUGGAUCACUUAUAUUUCUAUUGGUCAGAGAUGCAGGAGGAGAACGUGGAUCAAAGUAGUUGUACUCUUUCCUUAAGUUCCACCCUUACUCAGUGUACAAGUUUAGGUUGGAAAAUUGAUUUAAUUUCUCAUAUUGUUUUUUAUUGUUGUUGCAAGUUGUCUAAUUUUCAUUUAUAUGUCUCUUAAGGAACAGUGACAGUGCAGCAUAAAAAAAGUACCCUUAAGAAGAUGAGAAGGAUACUUCCCUCCACAUCAGAUAGAAUGGGAAUGAAAGAGUAUAAGAAUGAGAAAGGUUUUGCGGGGCUUACAGCACUGCAAUAUGGUGAAGAUUUAGCUGCUCUAGAUAUUACUGAUGAUGAGAGAUUUUGGUUACUCCACAACUUUAAUUCAGAAUGUGCUCAAUAUAUAUCCCUGGCAAAUUUUUCUCUUGAAAAAAGACUCCAUUUUUUCGGAGAACUCUUGAUCUUAAAGCUAGAUCUGAAGCCGAAUGUUCCAGCCACCAGUCCUCCACUACUAGGUCUUCUAAAAGAAGAACAGAACCAAGGAUCAAUUUCUAGUUUGGCUUCCUCUUUGGUGGAUGAUGUGCGCUCUCUCUGCUUGAAUGAUGCGUCUGCUCAGCCUUCUUCGCCGGUGAAUGAUGCAUCUGCUGCUGAGCCUUCUUCAUCGCCUCCACCUCCUCCAUCUAAGAUAGCUGUAAGAAGGUCGACAAGGUCACGGAAACCAAAUGUGACAAGCAAAAAUGAAAAAAAAUGUCAAAAUGAAAUCGUGGAAGAAUUUCACAUGAGAUUGUUCAAUGUCGUUGUUGCAAGAUCAAUUCUUGAAGAGGGCUUAGAUGUCCAAAGUUGGGUUACAUGCUUAGUAGAGAUUAUGUGUUUAGUUGGGGAGACACAUAGUAUGGAGGAUGAAGUUGUCAACGUUGGUGAUAAAUUUGAUCUUUUUGAAAAUGUUUCGGGAUGGGACAAAUAG